CAAACAGAGAGGCGAGAGAGCCCUUGAAACCGCUCUCAUUUAACCCCUUUUUUCCCCUCUUCCGUCUCUCGUGGCGGCGCUGGGAGCCAUGAACUCAGACGAGGAGUACCUGUACGACUGUGACAGCGGCAAUGAGUCGAGUGGCGAUGACGUGGGCCUCGAAUUCGACAUCGAGGGCGAAGGAGGCUCGGGAGGCACCAAAUACAAGGAGAUGGAAGACUAUCCCUACGAAGUCCUUUCCACCGAGGACAUCACGAGGCACAUGAUCGAGGGCAUCAAGGAGGUCAAUGGAGUGGUCAAUAUUCCUGUGACAACAACGAGAAUACUCUUGAAUCACUUUAAAUGGGACAAAGAGAAGUUAAUGGAACGAUUUUACGAUGGCGACCAGGAGAAGCUCUUCCUGGAAGCGCACGUAGUCAGUCCUUACAAGACUCCCAAAGCUCAAAAGCCACUUGUCAAAAACAGUAAUGGGAUGGAGGAAUGCGAGAUCUGCUUUCUUAACAUGCCUUCUGCGAUGAUGACAGGCAUUGAGUGUGGGCACCGGUUCUGCACCAACUGCUGGACAGAAUACCUCACCACCAAGAUCAUUGACGAGGGCAUGGGACAGACGAUAUCAUGCGCUGCCCACUUGUGCUCGAUCCUGGUGGAUGAUCAGACUGUCAUGCGCCUCAUCACAGAUGCCAAGGUUAAACUCAAGUACCAGCAUCUCAUCACCAAGAGCUUUGUAGAGUGUAACCGCUUAUUGCGCUGGUGUCCAUACCCCGACUGCAACUAUGCGAUUAAGGUGCAAUAUCCAGAUGCCCGGCCUGUCAUGUGCAAGUGCCGCAAGGUGUUCUGCUUCAAUUGUGGAGAGAACUGGCAUGACCCUGUGAAGUGCCACCUCCUCAAGCGCUGGAUCAAGAAGUGCGAUGAUGACUCCGAGACCUCCAACUGGAUUGCUGCGAACACAAAGGAGUGUCCAAAGUGUAAAGUGACCAUCGAGAAAGACGGAGGCUGCAACCACAUGGUGUGUAAAAACCAGAGCUGUAAGGCCGACUUCUGCUGGGUGUGCCUUGGACCCUGGGAGCCCCAUGGGUCUUCAUGGUACUCGUGUAACAGAUACGAUGAGGACGAAGCCAAGCAAGCCCGAGAUGCCCAGGAGAAGUCCCGUGCUGCCCUCCAGCGCUAUCUGUUCUACUGCAACCGCUACAUGAACCACAUGCAGUCCCUCAAGUUUGAGAACAAACUUUACGCAGCUGUCAAGGAGAAGAUGGAAGAGAUGCAGCAACACAACAUGUCUUGGAUUGAGGUUCAGUUCCUAAAGAAAGCAGUUGACAUUCUUUGCGAUUGUCGGCAAACUCUCAUGUACACGUAUGUGUUUGCUUAUUAUUUGCGCAAGAACAACCAGUCCGUGAUAUUCGAAGAUAAUCAGAAAGAUGUCGAAAGUGCCACAGAAACGCUCAGUGAAUAUUUAGAGCGUGAUAUAACCCAAGAAAAUUUGGCUGAUAUCAAACAAAAAGUUCAAGAUAAAUACAGGUACUGUGAUCAACGUCGUAGAAAAUUGCUGGAACACGUCCAUGAGGGUUACGAGAAAGACUGGUGGGAGUAUACAGAGUUAUAAAUUAUACAUUGACCUUGAAUUCAUAUGCACAGGGUGUAAGAAUUAUUAAGUCAUAUAUCUGCUGAAGAAAAGAAAAGAAAAAAGAGGAUUAAACAAGAAAAAAUAGAACCCAAAACGAAACAUUUGGUUGGACAAAAUUUUCCGAGAUUACUGAGCGAGGAAGAAGCUGAAGGUGUGCUUGUAAAAGAGGAUUUUGAGCUUUUAAAGAAUUGUAGUCAUGACAAUUUAAUGUUAAACAACAAUAUACUUUAAAACCAUUUAUUGAGCAGGGAUGGAAAACUUAGAAGCCAAUUUUGCAUUCAAUCCUUUCAACACUCGUCUUUGUUUUUCUUUCUUUCUUUUUCAUUUCUUUUUUUAUCAUUGUUAUAAUCAUUAAGAGACGUAAUUAGAGACUGUGACGAGGGUUGGAUGAGUUGAUAAGUCUAAAUUUUUAAUGUCCAAAAUUACAUUCCACACUUGUAGAACCAGACUAAAUGCAUCAGGAUGAGUAGUGGGAACAUCUUUCAUGUACCGUGAUGUAAAACUCAU